ACCACAGUACAGUUUUCAAAGUUAGCAGACGCUUUGUUAUUGUUGAUUGUUGCAACGACUCACAUUUUAUUUGUAAUUGUAAAAUUAUUCAAUGAAAUUAAGGAUGUUGUUUUUGUUAUCAUAUUGGAAUUGUUAAGUUAUGGCAGUCCAGUCUUACCAAGAGCGACAAAAUGACGAACUGCAAGUGCUACAGUCUAUAUUUAUGGAAGCUUUCCGAGAUCUGCGUCUGAAAAAUGCUUGGAAAGUUGAAAGAGCCCCUGAAGUAAGCCUUACUUUAAAACCUCAGGAGAGCUAUGGCAAUCAUGCGGAGGAAGCACAUGUUCAGUUGGACUUGGUCUUCAUCUGUCCAGAACAUUAUCCUGACGACCUUCCGACCAUGAGGUUAGAGAAUUCAAAGGGACUAUCGAAUCAGCAGCUUGAUUCUCUUAAAUCUGAAUUGGAAAAUCGUGCAACACAACUGAAAGGACAGGAGAUGAUGUUAGAGUUGUCACAGCAUGUUCAGACGUUCCUGUAUGCCAACAACAAACCGCCUCCCCAGUCGUUCUAUGAGCAGAUGAUGAGUAACAAGAAGCAACAAGAGGACCGUGAGGCGCAGGAACAACAGAGGCGCAUGGAACUGCUGCGGAAGAAGGAGGAAAAAGAGUUACUCAUGAUCGAAGAUGAGAUUGCAAAGAGACAGGAGGCCCUGAAAGAGGAGACAAGAAAGAGACGUGACGAGGCAAGACAGGGUUCACUAGAAAAAGCCAUUCCAGUGGGUUCACCAGGCAAAGGAAAGGUCGAGGCAGGCCAGGGGAGGCUAUCUAUGUCACCGGGGGAGAAACACAGGGACGGCCAGGAGGAUGGGAGACAGUCACACAGGAGCCCUGUGGUGCAAUUCACUGUCCCGGUGUCUCCUACACAGAGGCGAACGGUGACCCUGAAGAGUGGGGAAGAUGGAGAUGGGCCCUGCAAACAUCACCAUGGGGGCGUGGUUGUCCUUGCCUUUAACACAAAGUCAGAGAGAAUCGUCCACAGGGGAACAUGUCUUGGGCAUGGACUACAUGGCAGUACAGUUUAUGCAGGUAUAGACACUAAUACUGGUGAGUUGGUUGCCAUAUCCGAGUGGGUGUUGAAAUGGCGCCAUGCGGCCAAGAAGGCGGGAAGCAGUGGUCGGGUCGAGGGCGAUACUGAGGGGGAGGGGUACAGUAAACAGGUGGCUAACAUAGAGCGAGAGAUGUUUUCAUUGCUCAAGUUGAACCAUAGAAACCUGCUACACUACCUGGCAUUCAAAUACAUUGAAGAACCUGGAAAAAUCACCAUCUAUGCACUAAUGGAGUACUCUGGAGGCCAGAACUUGGACAUUUAUGUGACACGACGCACCUUGCCUCUUGCUGCCAUACAUACAUACACACAUGAGCUGUUAGGGGGACUUCAGUAUCUACAUAACAAAGAUGUUACACACAAGAAUCUCAGGGCAUCAAGUGUGUUUAUUGAUGUGACUGGAAGAGUCCGAAUAGCAGACUACAGUAUCAACAGGAGACUCUGUGACCUGCACAGAAUGGCAGAGGAGUCCUGCCCAGGGGUGAAAUUCACAGACAAUGUUCAGACUGCAGGCAGGGGAGGCAAGAAGGGAGACAUAUUUCAGCUGGGUGUGUUGCUACUGUCCCUGGCACAGAGUUCUGCCUGUGAUGAGCUAGUACCAUCCAUACCGUCCACCUUACCGGCUGUUCUCCAGGACUUCCUUGCCAAGUGUUUGUUACGGGAUGACAAGCUGCGCUGGUCCUGCUCCCAGUUGUUUGAACAUGCAUUUGUCAAGGAGCCUGUCCCCACCCUCAUACCAGCCCCCACAGCCACAACUAGCAAGCUGCAUAAAGCCAAAGACAAAUGUACAUGUGAGGGAGGCGUUUGCCUAGUCAGGAAGGACAACUCUCUGGAGAAUUCUGACAGUGAGGGUGAAGAGUUGCUGCCCUUUAUAACUGCCUGGGAGGCCAGUGGUCAGUCGAGGCUUACAAAUGAGUUUCAUGUACUUAAACUACUGGGGAAAGGAGGCUUUGGAGAUGUGAUAAAGGUAAAGAAUACGUUAGAUGGAAGGUUUUAUGCCAUCAAGAGGAUACCCUUGAACCCCAAGAGUCAGCAUUUCAAGAGGAAAAUCACCCGGGAAGUGAAACUACUCUCCAGACUUAACCAUGAAAACGUGGUCAGAUACUACAAUUCCUGGAUCGAGACAAGUGAUGAGGCAGCCAGCAGUGAAUCCUCCUCUUCUCGCACUGAAACUCCCAGAAACUCUCACUCAGAGAGAAAAGUCUCCUUACCAACAAACUUUGGCAAAAACAGUCUUGAAAUCACAGAUGACAUUGAGAAGUUUGCCCCGCAGGUUAACAAUGCAUCCAUGGACUUCAGUAUCUCAUAUGAGUUGUCAAGGUCAAAGUCACAUGGUUUCCAUGGUAACGAUGACUUGUCUAGUUCAGAUGAUGAAUCCUUGCCAGAUGAGGAUGUGUUUGCUCUUUCCUUUAUGGAUGAGAAGUCGGACUCGUCCCUGGGUGUAGUGUUUGAGCAGGACUUUGAGGACGCCACUACAGCUCUGCCGGAAAUUGAGGACGAUGACAAGAAAUCAACAGAGCAGAGUGUGUUUGUUCCUAAACAGUACCUGUACAUUCAGAUGGAAUAUUGUGAGAAGUCCACCCUCCGUAACUGUAUAGAUGCGGGACUGUACCAGGACACUCGUCGCAUGUGGAGGUUGUUCCGGGAAAUAGUGGAGGGGCUCGUACACAUACAUGAACAGGGUAUGAUUCAUAGGGAUCUGAAGCCAGUAAAUAUUUUCCUCGAUUCAAACGACCACGUUAAGAUUGGGGACUUUGGGCUGGCAACAUCUGACAUCAUCUCAAAGAGCAGCCUGACCGAGAGUGGUGCUUUAUUGACGAGUGCGGGGGACAUCCAUGACAGUUCUUCCCGCUCUGGUAGUCUUGGAGAUGGGAGCAUGACGGGGCAGGUUGGGACAGCACUGUACGUGAGCCCAGAGAUGAUGACACGCCAGGGCAAGGUCACAUACAGUCAGAAAGUUGACAUCUACAGCCUGGGUAUCAUAUUCUUUGAGAUGUGUUACAAGCCCCUACAGACCGGUAUGGAGCGGGUGAAGAUCCUGGGUCACCUCCGCACACCCGAUAUUACGCUGCCAGAGGACUUCAUACAGGAGGAUAAUGAGAAACAGGUCUACAUUGUGCGUUGGCUGUUGAAUCAUGACUGGAAUGCCCGACCAACAUCGAAGCAGCUGUUGCAGUCUCCUGACCUCCCGCCCCCUGAGAUGGAGGAGGAAGAACUGACUGAAAUGUUACGGUCUGCCAUCUCCGACCCCCAGAGCAAGACGUACCAUCGCAUGAUCAGCACACUGUUCACCCAGAAUGUCAGUCUGGCUGAUGAUCAUGUGUAUGAUAGUGAAAUGUAUAAGGGAAGUUUUUCCAUCAACACGUCUCUCACCCAGGGCCUGAUACAUGACAGCCUGGUGCGUGUGUUCCAGCGUCACGGGGCAAUAAGACUGAGUACAUGCCUGCUUGUGCCCCGUCAGAAACUUUACGAGCAUGUGGAGAACUAUGCCUGUCUAAUGGACCACAGUGGCAGACUUGUUAGCCUGCCGUUUGAUCUCAGGAUGCCGUUUGCUCGCUACAUAUCACGGACUAAUGUAAACUACAUUAAGCGCUACUGUAUAGACAAGGUGUACAGAAAAAAGAAGGUGGGGGGCUUCCAUCCAAGGGAACUAACUGAGUGUGCCUUCGACAUUGUCACAAAUUCAUUUAGUUUGAUACCAGAUGGUGAAGUGAUUGUGGUGGUGCAGGACAUCAUCAAUGAGUUCCCUCCCCUCCAACAACGCAACUACUAUGUGAAGCUCCACCAUACAUCACUUGUCACUGCCUCACUGCUACAUGUUGGUGUGCCCGAGUCACAACAUGGGGAGGUGGUACGGGCGCUAGUGGCGGUCAGGCGGGAUAGCAAGUCACGACUGGCCACCCUAAGCCAGUUUGAGUUGUCAGAACAGUCGGCCCAGAUGUUAUUGACUCUGCUUGAAACUGAGGGGCCAAUUCACAAAGUCCAGAGCAUCCUUCGCAUGCUUACGAAGGCUAAGGGAGAGGCAGCAACACUUGCCAAGACUGGUUUACAUGAGAUAGAGGCUGUCAAGACCAGCGCUGAAAACCUGGGGCUCAAACUACCAGUGAUUGUGAGUGUGGGCGGCAUGUACACCACACCUCUAUACAGGGGAGUCACGUUUCAAGUAGCGUAUGAUGUCAUGCACAAGAAGAAAACCGUCUGCGAGGUGCUGGCUGCUGGGGGACGCUUUAAUCACCUGAUAGAGCAGUUUGAGAGUCGACACAGGAAGGCCGACUCACGGCAGUCUGCUGUGGGUGUCAGCAUCACCUUUGAGAAAAUUGUCCAGGCCAUGUUAGAACAACAGGAUUUCCAACCUCCCAGUGCUUAUGAUGUGCUGGUGUGUACUAUAGGGCAUCAACCCAUGUUGAAGGAGAGGAUGGCUCUUGUUCGCGACAUGUGGAGGGCAGGGCUCAAAGCAGAAAUACUGCAUGAGACAUUAGAGGGUCAGGAAGAGAUCCAGGAUUUCUGCCGAGCCCAGGGAAUCUCCCAGCUGGUCAUAUUGAAGGAUACAGAAGGAUCUACUGUGAAGGUUCGAACAAUAGAGAAGGAAAGGAUUACAGAGAAGGUCGUGGCUGUCAGUGCCCUGGUGGAGUUUCUACAGCAGAAGAUACACACAGUAGACAGUGAGAGCAAGCCCAGUGCUGUUGGUUCUGGCAGCAACAAGUCCUUCCCUCAUGUUUCAUCCGGCCAGGAUAUCUUCAGCCAGUCAGGGUCAGGAAACAUUUCCGGAAACUUCAGUUUCAUACUGGAGGCAAACACCAAGAUGGCCUCCAACACUAAGAAGAAACAUGAGGCUCAGAUUGUGUCACGGGUGACGCUGUGUUUCCCCUGGCUCAAGUGCCUGGAGGUUGUUGCCUUAGAGAUGUCACUGUCCGCCAUCAAAAUCAUCACCGCAUUCAUUGACAUUGAUAAUUCAGAGUCUGCAUUUGAAAGUAGUAUUGGUGCUAUUGUUGAAAAAUUGCCUCGAUACAAGAAGUACAUGAGCAAAAUAAUGGACCACAUCCACCAGCUGGUGUUCAAAGAUAAGUGUACCUGUAUCGUGAUGUACAGUAUAAAGGAUGAAAGAGUGAAGCUACUCACCACAUCCUAACCCGCAACCCUUGCCAGAAAAACAAUAUUCACCAUGGGCAAAAAUGCGACCUUCACUGGCAGAAAUACAACCUUAAAGGGCAGAAAUACAACCUUCAUGGGGUUUCUCACAACAAAAACUGUCUUCUGCUGAUAUGAUGGACAUCAUGUUUGACCAACCAGGGCAAUUGCAAAACAAAGACCUUCCCUGGCUUAUGCGCAAAGAUGUUUGCCAAGUACUAGGAUGGAAGUUUGACCCAUUUCCAUUUUCAUUUACGUCCUAAAUCUAUAAAAGGCCAAACAGAUUUUUAUUGCGCUGUUGCUACUUGUAGAGCAUACAAGAUUAAGCUUCCUAACAUGUUCCAAAUAAUAGGUUUUAUCAUUGAUUAUAAAAAAAAAUCAAAAAUGAUAAAGCAUUCAGGCUCAAUAUGUUAGUAGCCCAGAGCUGGAGACUCAGGCUCUUAAAGAUGUGUAUCUGAUCAUAAAACAGGUUAUUUGUAACAGAUACCACAACUUUUACCAUCAUAGCUCUUUUACAGCAAAACUUAGAUUAUUUUUUUUGCCAUUUGAGUCUCAAUUUCAGAGUUAAAAUGUUUUGAAUAUGGGCCCAGAACAUUAGAGACCUUAGAGACUCUGAUAAUUCUGAGACCUUAGAGACUCUGAGACCUUAGUGACCCUCACACCUUAGUGACCCUCAGACCUUAGUGACCCUCACACCAUAGAGACCCCACCCUUAGCAACUCUGCCAGGGAGUGAUCAAAUUAAAAUGUUUAAUGGUCAUCUUUGUGUGUUUUAAUGUUUUAAUUCAAUGUCUUAAAUGCUAGUAAUGUGAUGGUGCUUUUAGAUCAAAAGCUUUUAGUGCUUGUUGGUUGUAGUUUUAGGACUAGUUCAUCGUUAUAGAUGCAGGACACACUGUUUUGAACGUGUUUUGAUGACACAUCAGUUUUAUCAAGGAUAAAGUGUGAUCAGUCCGAGAUCUAGGUCAAUCAUUUCAAAUGUGCCAGUAGUCUCCACAUUGACAAAAACUGUGAUCUUAUUAAUUCAUUUAUAGUUAUUUACACAUUGUUUAUUGAAGUGCUAUAUGAAGUUUCAAACAUAAACAAAAAAUAUGUGUUUCAAAGUGAAUACCAGUAUUUAUAAUAGAAAUCUUUUGUACAUAUAUAUUGUCAGAGUUACUGUUAACUAUACAUACAGACUAAAUAUUUGAUAUUUUGUUUCAUAUUCCAAAAUGCUUCAUCAAAGAUGACAUUGAAGAAAUUUAAGAAUCAUUAGAGCUUUAUAUGGGGCAUGAUGCAAUGUAGGAAACAUCAUGCAUGUAGCUCUUCUGUUUUUGAAAAAAAAGUUGAUUUUUUUUAGCCUUAGUGUUGUUGUUUCUGUUGUUGGCAUCUUUGUCAUGUUUAGCCUUGGGCAUAACUCGAAACAAUGUUCAUAGCCAUUUUUUGAUGUCGGCAUUGUCUUCGUGUAAAGAGUUAACAUUGGCCACUCAAUCGAAAACAGUUAAAAGAUAUUCAAAUGAAACUUGGUACACAUGUUGCCAGAGACUAUUUGUAUCUGAACUGUAAGGCGGAUAACUCUGGAUAUUAUGAUUGUAAAGUUAUGCCCUGUUUGAAUAGAAUAUAAGAACAGACGAGCAUUGGUUCCACAACCAUCUUGUUAACGAGCUUUGGUUCUACGGCCAUCUUGUUAACGAGGUUUGGUUCCUCGGCCAACUUGUAAACGAGGUUUGGUUCCACGGCCAUCUUGUUAACGAGCUUUGGUUCUACGGCCAUCUUGUUAACGAGCGAUGGUUCAACAGCUAUCUUGUUAACAAGCAUUGGCUCCACAUUCAUCUUGUUAACGAGCGAUGGUUCCACGGCCAUCUUGUUAACGAGCGAUGGUUCCACGGCCAUCUUGUUAACGAGCGAUGGUUCCACUGCCAUCUUGUUAACGAGCGAUGGUUCCACGGCCAUCUUGUUAACGAGCUUUGGUUCCACGGCCAUUAACGAGGUUUGGUUCCACGGCCAUCUUGUUAACAAUUUAUUGUUAAUUUAGUUUGACAAAUGUGGGUUUAUUUCUUUAUAGAAAAUAUGUUUAAAUGAUGUUAUUAAAUUGUUGUAUGAAAUAGAAUCAUAUGUAAUAUAAUGUUCACUUCAUUUAGUUGUAAACUUUCUGAAUACAUUGGAACAGACAAAUUUA